UGCUGAUCAUCGUAGUGAGACUUACUGCAGGAGCCGAGACCAAUGGAGCUGCCUGAAUCGUCCUGCAUCCUAACCAUACCUUCCAACCUCCAUCUCUCUCCCUGAUUKUGUCUCUCCUCUCUCCUUUCAUAAAACGAAACGAAACCAUAGACAUGGAUUGUUAACUACCGCAUGUGUGUCAUGGAUCAAGAAUGAGAAACAUGGAUUCGAUUUYCAUUAUUCUCGUCCUCCUUGCUCCCCAACCCUAUUUUUUAGCUUCUGCAGACAGGAAAUUCGGUUGUCUGUUUGAGAAGGAGUUAUGCACACCAUACGAGAUCUGUGUCAACGAUGGAAUGUUCGGGAGGUGUCAAUCCACACCCGUUCCGGUAGCAGAGGUGUAUACGUAUGAUGUGUCUCCAUCUGUGGUUCAGCGCUUCAGGACUCUACUGCAGAAACUCACCCACAGAGGGUUGACCUGGGAGGAUGAGACCGCCCAGCAGAUCCUGUCCAAGGAGCUGUCUAAGCUGAGGAAGAUCCCCUACAGACGCCUACAGGACUCCAGCCCCCSUGUCUACAGCAGCAGCAAAUCCAGGCCCUCUACCCAGGCUAUGGACCCAGGAGACCGGAGGAUCAAGCCAGUGGAGGUGGAGCUCAGUAGAAACCUCCAGAACUACCUGCAACGUCUGGGCCUCCUUCCCCAGGCCGCCUCCCCCGCCAGACCCAAGAGCCCCAGUCAGAGUGACCGUUACCCAUCUGGGGUCUCCUCUGACUACUACUGGCCAAAGUCCCAGGGAGAGGGAAACUUCUCCCCACUGACGUCCUUCCAGCCUCCCUACCAGGACAGAUCUUCUGCGGGGGAUGGAGACCUCCUUGUGGCUGCUCUCAGACACUAUCUGUCUGGGCAGGUACCAUCUCAGACCGGGGUGUCCACCAAGGGCCCGGUCCUGCCCUCCCUUCGCCUAKGCCCCUCCUACAGCAACAGUAUAGACAGUACUGGGCCUAAAGAGACCUCUCAAUCUCAAACACCUAACCUGGACAGACCUCUACUCCUCCAGACAGCUGGAGCCAGCCAACCCUCUGCUCCCAAGGACCCCCUCAGUACAGUGGAUGAGGUGUUCAUCCAGAAGGUUCUGAAGAAUGUGGGCAGACACAACGUGGACGUGGACGACCUGAGUCCUACAGACCUGGACCAACUCUCUACGCUGAUCACUGACGCCCUACAGGUAGUGGAUCAAGAAKAUACCCAAGCCCAGUCCAGAGCAGGACCCAGAGACCUGGGGGAGGAAGGGAACGAGGGGCCUGGAGAAGAAGGGCCUGGGGAACAGGAGGAGAAGGAGGAGAGUGUCCCUCCAUCCACCACAGAGAAAACGGCUCCGGAGAGCACUCCAGUAGAGGAGGCUGUGGUCCAAGAGCGACAAAUGGAGGGAGACAGAGAGCCAGCAGACUCCAAUGACAAGCCCCAAGAUGCCGGCAGCUUAUUUGGCAAGCUGCUGGUGUACCUGGAUAAGAUUGAGUCCCCAGCCCAGAGAGAGCCCCCAGGCUGGGCUGGUGUGGGUGCAGGGCUGGGUGAGGGGAGAGGUGUUGGUCUGGAGAACGUACAUAGUAGGACCACUCAGGCUGAGGUGGCGGUGCAGAAGAAGUCGACCCACUCGACGGACAUGGAGGAGGUGGCUGCCGUGGAGGGCUGGAUCCAGGCAAUGGAGCCUCCUGCUGCCAAGGUGGUCUACCAGGAGCCCCAUAAGAAGAAAGUGAACGUCCAGGAGCUGCAGCUAGAUGUCAAAGCUGCUGUGGACACGAAGAAGACUGAUGAUGACUACGGUUAUGUCAUCACCGACACUGACGCAUUGCAGACUGAUGAGGGCCUCCACUUGAUGGAGAUUCUGACACGACGCGCCAAGCUGCAGAUGACUGACUUCCUGGAGCUCUCAGUGGUAGGCCCAGCUGUGACCUUCAGAGUGCGACCUAAUGCCCAGAACGUCAGCACCGCAGAUGUGGCCAAUGUAGCAGUUCACCAGAAGGAUGCAGUGGAGAAGGAGGCCAAGGUGAUCAUUCUGGAGGCUGGAAUCACAGAUAGAAGCCAGAUAAACCAGAUACCUACCAAGUACAGCACGGCCGAGUCCACCAAGUACAUGAUCCUGACAGUGGUGUCUAUCCUGUGUAUCGUGGCUGUGCUGCUGGCCUCCACUGUGGUCUACUGCCUCCGACACCGCUCUCACCACAAGCUCAAGGAGAAGCUCACCAACCUGGGAACAGACACAGGCAGCGAUGCUACCUCCACCUAUCAGGAGCUGUGUCGUCAGCGGAUGUCGGUCAAGCCGCCGGCGGAGCGUCCAGAGCCGAUGCACAGUGUGUCYUCACGGCUCAACAGUGUGUCGUCCCAAUUCAGCGACGGGGGGCCCAUGGUCAGCCCCUCGGCACGAAGCUCCACCUCCUCCUGGUCUGAGGAACCCGUCCACUCCAACAUGGACAUCUCCACUGGACACAUGAUCCUGUCUUACAUGGAGGACCACCUGAAGAACAAGAAUCGUCUGGAGAAGGAGUGGGAGGCUCUGUGUGCGUAUCAGGCUGAGCCCAACGCCUCCACUACAGGCCUGGGGGCCGGGAACACAAAGAAGAACCGCUCCAAUGCUGUGGUGGCCUAUGAUCACUCAAGAAUUGCCUUGAAGGUUGAAAACAGCCACAGCAAUUCAGAUUACAUCAAUGCCAGCCCAAUUAUGGAUCAUGACCCACGGAACCCAGCCUACAUCGCUACUCAAGGCCCCCUUCCCUCCACGGUGGCUGAUUUCUGGCAGAUGGUUUGGGAGAAUGGCUGUGUGGUCAUUGUCAUGCUGACGCCCCUCACUGAGAGUGGAGUCAAACAGUGUUACCACUACUGGCCUGACGAGGGGUCCAACCUCUACCACAUCUACGAGGUGAACCUGGUGUCGGAGCACAUCUGGUGUGAUGACUUCUUGGUUCGUAGUUUCUACCUAAAGAACAUGCAGACCAACGAGACUCGCACCGUCACACAGUUCCACUUCCUUACCUGGCUCAACCAGAAUGUCCCUGAGUCCAGUCGGACACUCCUGGACUUCCGCAGAAAGGUUAACAAGUGCUACCGGGGAAGGUCUUGUCCUAUAAUAGUCCACUGCAGCAACGGCGCUGGGAGGAGUGGAACGUACAUUCUGAUUGACAUGGUUCUCAAUAAGAUGGCUAAAGGUGGGAGUCAGACAGCUUUUCUUUUCUCCUUACGCAUGUUAAGCAGCAUCGCCAUGUCAACGUUAAAGCCUUACUUUUUCAGCUGUGGGUCUUUAAAAGCAUUAGAGGGUGACUGGCUCGGGUGCAGCUUCACUGAAUUAAUGAUCGAUGGGAGAGAAAACAAUAUGGAGAUAUAUAUCAGUAUUCCUAUUCACAUUGAUGAUGUCAGAUGUAAAUGCAGUUUAAGAGUUCCUAUUCUGGCAAUUUAUGUCAAGCAAAUUGUAAAUUUGUUCAUGCAGAUAAAUUCAUCCUGUUUAUUGGAAUUUAAUGCCAUUUCUUUUCAGCAAACAGUAUACCUAAUUGUGUUCAUGUAGUCUCCCAUGCACUUUUGUUGGAAUGUGCUCUUCCAUUCAAAUUGAAAGCACCUUACACCAAUUGCUUCAGCAUGGCAUUCACACACACACGCAUUUGUUCAAGACCUAUUCUCCUCUUGG